AUGUUGCCUGAUGAUUCCAAGCCAUUUCACGUGAUCUGUGAUGCGAGUAAUUUCGCUAUUGGAUGUGCCCUUAUGCAGUUUGACGAUGAGGGCCGAGAGCGCGUCGUGAGCUUUCAGUCACGACAGAUGAAACCCGCAGAGCGGAACUAUCCGGUACAUGACAAGGAACUUUUGGCUAUGCGUUACGCGCUGAUCAAGUUCAGAGUAUAUUUGCUCGGCGAGAAGAUGUUUUCGGUCGAUACAGAUCACGCAUCAUUGCGUACCGCCUUCAAGACUCCCCACUUGUCCCAGCGUAUGGCACGUUGGUUGUCAUACUUCUCAGAGUAUAAUUUCGUGGUCUUUUACGAACCCGGCAAGAACAACAUUCUUGCUGACGCGCUUUCUCGACGUCCCGAUUAUGAUCCUCGACGUGACAUGGGUCAUCAGCCAGGCAUUGCUGAAGACGAGGACGACGACAUUUGUUUAUGCUGUGCUGAGCAGGGGCUCAAUGCAAUGAUUUCGACACCUGAGCUGUCAAUCCGGACUCAAAUCGCUGAGUCAUAUGCGAACGAUUCAUUCUACACGGGAAUCAUCAAUUAUCUUCGACACCCUAGUGAGGGUUCACUCGCGAAGUUGACGAAACCAACGCGUGACAACAUCAAGCGGUACGCGCUUGAUGGUACGCUGCUGACUUAUACAAUGGACGUUUUCGACCCACCGCGCGUCGUCAUCCCUGCUGAUGACGACCUACGCGCACGAUUGGUGCAUGAAUUUCAUGACACUCUAACUGGUGGUCAUUUGGGUCGCGAGAAGACGUUCGCGGCCAUCUCUCGUGUGUUUUUCUGGCCGCGUAUGUACAAAUACAUCCAGAAAUGGGUACGCUCUUGUGAAAUAUGCCAGCGUGUGAAGCCUGCGCCGUCUUCACAAGCUCCAUUGCGUCCGCUUCCGAUUGCCACGGAAGCCUGGCGUUCGGUCAGCAAGGAUUUCAUCUUUGGUCUCCCUCCGGACGAACAGAAACGCACGGGCGUCUUGUUUCUUGUGGAUCUAUUUAGCAAAAUGGUGCACUUUGCUCCAGUCUCCGCGCACACUACGGCGGAGAAAACCGCGAAGAUCUUCAUCGAUCUCAUAUUUCGACAUCACGGCUUGCCUGAAUCAAUUGUUUCGGACCGCGACCCGCGCUUUACAUCAGCUUUUUGGGCAACGUUGUUUCAACUAUUGGGCACGCGACUGCUUAUGUCUACGGCAGCCCAUUCAGAGACGGAUGGGCAAACGGAGCGCGUGAACAGAGUGCUUGAAGAUGUACUACGCAGUUAUGCGACAUCGUUCCAGUCGUGGAGUUCGUUUCUCCCUCUCGCUGAAUUUGCAAUCAACAAUGCAAUUCAUGCGUCGACUGGGUUAACGCCAUUUUUCGUGAGCAACGCGAGGCCCCCUCGCGUUUCAGCGCAUCUUGAUCUUUCAGCUUCAGCACACCCAGUUUCUCAGCUUGGUGGGGGGGUAUCUCCCGAUGACACUACGCGAAAAUUUUUGAUGAUUGGUAAUGUUGAAGACAAGGUUGCUGCCGAUGCAACUCAUACUGUUAAUUUCGUGGCCAAUGGCAUAUCGAGUCCCGACGCGAUGCAUCCCAUCGCGUCUCCCGUCGCUAAUUUUGCUCCUAAAGAGUCCACUUCUCCUGUAAGUUCGGCUGCUGUGACCGAAUUCCUAUUACUACGGCAAAGUAUCACGCGUUUUGUACGCGAUGCACUCCAAGAAGCAGUGGAUAAACAAAAGGAGAACGCGGACAAGCGAGGUCGAAAGAACUUGCUGACGUUCAAAGAAGGUGACAGAGUCUUACUAUCGACAAGCGGAUUACCAGACACGUCAGUAACGAAUUUGGGCGCUAAUAAAUUAGCGCCAAGAUAUAUUGGGCCCUUUCGGAUUGUUGGAGUCCAUGGAGAUGCUUACACGCUAGACAUACCUACCACUAUGCGUUUGCACCCGACAUUCUAUGUCGGGCGCCUUAAGGCUUACCUGCCAGCGGAUCUCCCUUUGGUCCUUCCUCACUCGUCUGUAUCGGCUCAAAGUCCGACACCCCCUGCCGACGACGCUGACGACGACUGGGACCAAGUCCUAGACGAGCGCGAGCAGACUCGUUCUGCUGGGGUCCACCGAACGCAGCAGUCUCGAGCUGUCGCAGACGCUCCACCAAGCCCUGCUGCUCCCGUCGGGUUCUCUCGGCAGCCUCUGUCGCAGCUGCUGCACGAUCUCGAGCCCUCUCGGCCAUCUCACGGGCAUCCAGAAGGCCGUUCAUCGCCUCUUCAGUGUCAGCACGAAGGAAACGAAGCUCGUCACUCGACGGCACAGGCGCCCGAUUAUGAGAAUCGGCGCCCAACCCAAGAAGCCUUCCGUCGUGAUGCUCCUCCUCCCUUGGUAGAUGCAUCGGGUGAGCGACGCUGGAUUGUGGACCGUAUCGUCGGUCAUGAAGACCCCACGCCUCUUGCCCCGAGUAGUGGCUCGGCGCCAUCGAAGAGUCGUUCAGAAACGCAUUACAAGGUCCGAUGGUUGGGUUAUUCACCAACGGAAGACACGUGGGAGCCUCGAAGUAUGCUGGCUCACGAUGUUCCUGACGUCGUUGAGGAGUACGAGACCAGUAAGAGGUCGGCGAACGCGACCGACGCUGCUGACUCCUUCCACGAUCCCGCGAACCGUUACGUGCGUGAAUUGGCGAUCGACGACGAUCUCCCGAGCGACUCCGACGUCUUCUACGAGGCUCGGGAGCAUUUGGAUACCUUGAAGGUCGAGAGCGACUACGAGAACGACCUCGGUGGUCGUAAGACAAACGAUCUCGACUACAUGAACGCCUCCAUUGAUCGACAGGGCGUUCCCUCAUGUGACGCAACGCAGAUACUUGGAGCUCUGAGAGGCUCCUCUCAUAGCGUCCGAUCCAUGGUCGGAUGUGCUAGGGCAUUCCCCGUGCACACACCAUGUCGUCCAAUUCCUGCCGCAUUGGUCGCGGUAUCUCCAUGUGACACCGUGGACACCCUUCACGGACAUGGACGUAACACAUGUGGAACCCAUCACGAGUCAAAUGACAUACGCGUCGUCGUAAGUCUCCAAUAG